CCGAAACAUGGCUUCUACUCUCUUUACUUUACUUGCUUCUGUUUUCAUAGGUUCAUUGCGAGGAGUACCUGGGGAAUUGCUCGCAUGGGUUCGCAUUUCGCAUUACAUUGUUGUAGCGUGGUGUUCAUGAUCAUGAGAUUCCCCCUGCGCGUUGUAGCAAUUGGUGGAGUUGAAGCAGGAUCUGGGAAAGGAGGGAUGGCAUGCUCUGGUGUUUUUCGUGUUGCUGUCUGGUCUCAUUUUCGUCGUCAUCAUUCGGUGUGUGUUCUGCUGUCAUUUCCGUCUGGCGUCCAAUAUCUAAAGAAUAGUGAAGAGCGCAAGCUGGCAGGCUUGAGACAAAAAAUGCAACACCGCGCGGUCGAUUGUACGAUUGCUUUGCAGCGGGCACUCUGGGGCAUGGAAUUGGAAUACAGGGGCAUUUUAACUACAUGAAAGAAGGGGGUGGAAAAGGCGUCUCUCAUCAUCGAUGAUUCUUCUUCUUCGUCGAUCUAUGUCUGUCUUUUGUUCGGCAUCGGGCAUCUAUCGGGGUAGCGCUCUUGCAAUCAA